UAUCUGAUUGAUUUAUUGAUAUAUUUGAUAUCUGAUUGAUUUAUUGAUAUAUUUGAUGUCUGAUUGAUUUAUUGAUAUAUUUGAUGUCUCUGCUCUAAUUUUAAAUCCAACUUCAAACUCGUGUUUCUGUAGCAGCAGGUUUUCACUGAUGGACCAUCAUUCAACUCUUUACUCUCUCCGUCUCUCUGUCUCUCCGUCUGUCUGUCUGUCUCUCGGUCCGUCGGUCCGUCUGUCAGAGGGGGUCCAGCUGCUCUGUUUGAUUGAUAAGGCGGCGGACGCCUGCCGUUACCUGCAGACAUACGGGAAGUGGAACCGAGCCGCCUGGCUGGCCAAGGUAACUCGGCGUGACGGCGUCCAUCACAGGAAACAUCGGAUACUGACGAUGAUCGGACAGAGAGUGUGUGUGUGAGAGAGAGAGAGUGAGAGAGAGAGUGUGUUUCAGUGUGUGUGUUUGUGAGAGUGUGUGAGGCCUGGCUGUGGUCCACUUGGACAGUUUGUGUCUGUGAUCAUGAGAACAGAUGUAGUUUCUCAUACAGAUGAACUACAUUUGAUUUCCUCAUGAUUAAUGUUCUCAUGUUUAAUUUUCUUAUAUUUGAUAAUCUCAUGUUUGUUUUCAUCAUGUUCGAUAAUCUCAUAUUUGAUGUUCUCAUGUUCUCAUGUUUUCACCUGUUUGGGUUUCUGAUCUGGAGGAGGACUUUCAGAGGUUCUUCUCUAAGAUCUGCCUGAUCAGGAUCAGGAUUUUCACCCCCCCUGGUCUGACUGCAUUUGUUCGUUUUUUCAGGUUCGUCUGAGUCCCGCUGAGAGCUCAGACGUGCUGAAGCGGUGGGCGGAGCAUCUUUGCUCCUCGCAGGUGAACCAGAAGUCCAAAGCCAUCCUGGUGCUGCUCAGUCUGGGCUGCUUCUAUAAAGUGGGAGAGAUGCUGCACAGGUGAGUCGAGCAGAGAGGAGGAGGUCAGGAGCUACAGACCGACGAGGAGUUUAACACACUAGAUCAUAGUGUGUGUGUGUGUGUGUGUGUGUGUGUGUGUGUGUGUGUGUCUCUCUCUCCUCAGUAUGAGACACUUUGACCGCGCCGCCCUCUUCAUAGAGGCCUGUCUGAAGUACGGAGUGAUGGAGGCCAACGACACGUCCAAUAUCCUUUUAGGAGGUCCAUCAGAACCUCGACCUCUCUCUGUUUGUUACCGUUGUUUUCAUGAAAUAAAGGAAAAGAAGGAGAGAACAGUUAAAGGAGAGGAAGAGAGGGAGAAAUAAACAAACACAGACAUCCUGUUACAGGAGGAGAGAAGAGUCAGAGUGAGGGAGGGUCCAGAGUUCAGAGAGACUUCAGAAACAUCCUCAAAACAAAACCCAGAGAGAGUAUCAGAGCGGACAGUAGGGGGCAGACUUCAGACCGUUAAAGGUGGAGUAGACAGGAAUCUGUUAAAGAAGCAUUUUAAUAUCAGUCAAUAGUUAUUAGUUAUUGAUUAUUUGGUAAUAUAUCGAUAUCUCUGUGUUCUCUUAUGUCUGUGUCGUCAACAUUUGAACAUUUUUGAGCGGUCCGCUCUUUCUGACUGUAAACAAAGCCGUUCUCCACCUCCUCUAACCUGAUUGGUUGUGAGGUAGACGCCGCUCCCCCGUGUCGUUCAGGAGCCCAAACAAAGUUAGCGUGCUACAAUAUCGGACAGUAGAAACCAACCAGAAAGUUCGGAAAAUUGUCUGAAUCCUCCUUUGGCCACGACUGCCAACACAAGCAAGAAAACAAAGUAAAUACCGGAGACUCUGGGGGAUCUGAAGGAUUUAUCUGCAUUAAAUCUGAAUUUAAUCGGAACGAUACGAGCGAGCAGGAGCGUCUGUUUGUGGGCGGGGUUUGAGAGGAGAGGAGGAGCUGAGGGGAAAACUGGUUUGGAGGGGUAGAGUUUACAUUCAAGAUUUCUCCCAAAAACUAGAACUUCCUCAGAUCCUGACUACACCACCUUUAGAUCAGAUUGAUUCUGUCCAAUGAACAAAGGAUGAGGACACACACCUGCUCGAUCACUGGAGCAGACUGAGCAUGCUCAGAACCAGCAGAGAUCUUUGACAGGAAGUCCCUCACCGUGUUUGUUUUUUUCCUUGACGUCUGUUUUUUUCACAUAAACUGAUCGAAGCUUCGUUCGUGGACUACGCUCGCCUGCUGCGCUCUCUGGGUCUGAAGGAGGGCGCCGCUCUGUGGGCGUCACGGGCCGGGAGCGCCGGGGAGACGCUGCUGGAGGAGUUAUUCCAGGGAGAGGGAGGCGUGACAGAGAGCAUCAUGGGAAAAGAGGAGGUGGAGCUGGGCGAGGAGAGCACAGAGUGAAGACGUCAGAAACUUUACCUCCGUCAGGAGAGAAGACAAGGAGUGUGUGUGUGCGUGCGCGCGUGUGUGUGUGUGUGUGCGUGUGCAUGUCACCGCCCUAAACAAACACACCUUAGCUCUGGUUUAGUCGAACACGUCGUUGAUGUCGUUCUGUGGUUUUCUGGGUUGCAGAGUUUCGUCACGGUUGCUUGUUGAGAUUUGUUUUUGGUGCCUGUAAUAAUAAUUAUAAUAAUAAUGAUAAUAUCUGUAAGUGUUGAUGUGAUUUUAAAUGUUCAUUUAAAGAAAAAAAAAACUAAGAUUAAUGAUUAUUCCUAAAAAGACACAUUUCCUGUUUUACUUUGAAAAGCUCCAACAUUCCUGCUGCACUUCUGAUCAUGACAUGAAGGAAAUCUGGUGUUUCUGAACGUAACGAUGCCCCCCCCGAUGAUUUAAUGUCAGACGUACACCAAAGUGAAGCCAAAACCCACAGAUGUGUUUUUCAGCGGACUGCACCUUUAGUUGAGUUUAGUGAGACAAACUGAGUCGACAGAAACCUGCAGCUCCAGGCUGACACACGUCUGUUCUCCCUGAUGUCAUAAAAACAGUGACCUGCUCCUUUAACGGUGUUUUUUCUCCCUGUGAUGUCGGUGAAUACAUUCCUCUGCAGACGUCUCUCGCUGCUCGUCACGGUAACCGUCUCUCAGCUGGACUCUCCCACAGACCUGCUGCUCUGGAGACCAGCUGUGAGACCCUGCAGACUCCUCGCUGAUCAUGUGACUCCUCGCUGAUCAUGUGACUCCUCGGUGAUCGUGUGUUGAAGUGUGACCCGUUCAGUCCUCCUGCACAGUCCUGUUUCUUUCCAUGUCACAGCUGACCCCAGAAAAAUUGUCGCUAUGGCAACCCAGGCCUAUUUUGGGGACUAACGAUGCUGGUGUAGAUGUAGUCGUCUUCAUCAGUGGGCUGUAGUUGGAGUCGCUCUGCUGCUGCUGUCGUCCAUGUUCAUGUUGAAACCCUGAACUUUCUGAGUCUGAGAAGAACAAAUAAAAUCUGUCUGAACUUCA